AUGAGUCAACGAAAUCGAUCCGCACAAAAGCAACCACAACAACACUAUUGUCCAAUUAUUUUUCACGGAGAGGAUGCUCAUAGUUGUGGUUAUUGUAAGACAUUAGAUGAGUCGGGUAAGAAUGUGAGAACUCCCGAUACCUCUGUGAGUGUUGGAUUUCACGUUUAUCAACUUCCUGCCAAUAUUUAUGAAAAGAUGAUGUAUCAUAAUAUGAGAAGAUCGGGAGUGUAUUAUUAUCAACCACAGAAUGAUAAGACAUGUUGUCCACAAUAUGCUAUUAGGUUAAAUUGUUUGGAGUUUAAAAUGAAUAAGAAUCAGAAAAAGGUGAUGAAAAAGAUGGAUAAAUAUUUGGAAACGGGUACCUUUCAUCAUGAAGAAUCGAAGGAAAAUAAUAACAGCUCUACAAGUGAAAAAGAUCCAAAAAAGAGAAAAUUCGAGGAUGAAAAUUCAAUUGUAGAAACUAUUACCAAUAAUUUUAGAAAAUUAUUGAAGGAAAAUAUGCAAAAAAUUGUUGAUUUAUUUGAGGGCUGUAACAAUACAGAAAAAUUGAAAGAGCAAUUAGAACAAGUUUUUGAAAAACAAAGAAUUCAAACCAAUCAGAAGAAUCCAAACUUAUUGUCAACACCAAUAGCAUUUUCAAUCUUUGGAUUGCAAAAGAAAUUUGGUUGCAAGGAAAUUGAAAAGAAAGAAUUGGCUGAAAAAAUUGUUUCACUUCUUAAUGAACAUUCAUGGGAAGAAACGUAUCACAUUUCUAUCAAGAUUGAAGAAAACGGAUAUAUUAAUAUUGAACUUUUGGACAAACAGUUAAAGAAAAAUUUUGAACAAUCCAAGCAAAAAGAGUCGACUCAAAAAGAGGCGAUUCAUCCUAGACUACAUGAAAUCAAGACAGUUCUAAUGGAUUCUGAAUAUAGAGAAGAGGAAUACAAACUCUAUCAAAAGUAUCAAAAGAUCGUCCACAAAGAAGAUGAUAGCACUCCAAAAGGAUACCAGAGAUUCCUCUGUGACUCUAGCUUGUUGAACGUGGAUACAGAUUCCACAUCAGACAAGAAACCAUUGAAAGGAUAUGGUACAUUCCAUCUCCAAUACAGAUUGGACAACAAAUUGAUUGCUGUGAGCGUUCUAGAUGUUCUUCCAACUGGAUUGAGCUCUGUCUAUUUCUUUUACGAUGCUGACUACUCGGAUUUAUCACUUGGUAUUUACUCUGCACUUACAGAAAUUGAAAUGAUCAAGAAGGAAAGUGAGAAGUUCCCAAAUUUUAAAUAUUACUAUCUUGGAUUUUAUAUUCACAGUUGCCAAAAGAUGAAAUACAAGGGUCAAUACAGCCCAAGUGAAAUUCUUUGUUUUGAUACCUAUACAUGGGUACCUUUGAACGAUGAAUUAAAGAGCAAGUUGGAAGAAAACAAAUACUUUACAUUCAAUGAACAGGCUGAAAAGAAACGAGGAUUGGAAUUUGAAGAGAAUGAUGGAUUAUCAAUCUUCUUCAAUAGAGAAAUUAUUCCAAGCCAAUUACUCAACAUGUUACCAUUAUCUACUGAUGCAAGAAAAAGAAUUGCAGAAUUCAAAAAGGUAUUUGGUAAAGAUUUACUGAAAGGAAGUGGAUUUGCUUUCUAUAUUGAUGAAGAAGAUCUUGAUACCUGCGAAUAAACAACUAUUAAG